AGUUCCAUAACUCAGCUUGUGGGGAAGGGGCUUCUGAGCUCCACACACAGCAGACCCCACCCUGUUGUGGGACGGGGUCUCUCCUCAGCAGGGGCAGCCACAGCUGGACAGACACAGGGCAGGGACUCAGACGGGCCCGUGGGUGGGGGCACAGAGACCCUGAACACCCGGCACCAGACAGACUUCAGCCCCUCCACCUCCUCAGCCAGAGGGAAUCUGGGACUUUUGAGGCACAGACUUGGGGUCCUGGGCAGAGCUCAUGGCGAGGUUGGGUCUUGGGGGCCUCUGGGGCUCGCCUUACACCCAAUCAGAGUAAGGUGGGCUGGGCCGUCAGUCUUUAAAAAGAUUGAAAACGAAAGAGGAAGCUGGAAAGGAGUUCCUUUCAAAUUGCUCACCCAGACCUCUACAGGAAUGGGGAUGGUUUUCCCCGGGGACCCCAGAGCCCUGAGCCACCUGCUGCUCCUGUUGCUGCUGCUGGAGGAGUCGCGGGGGUUCCCCCCUGGAACCCACACUCUCCGCUACGACCUCAUGGCCCUGUCCCUGGACAGGCCUGGGAAGCCCCAGUUCCUGGCCCUGGGAUACUUUGAUGAUGAGCUUUUCUUGCGCUAUGAUGGCGAGAGCCAGAGGGCAGAGCCCCAGGGUCUAGGGAUCAAGAUGGACCUGGGAGCUGAGACCUGGGAGAGAGAGACUGAGGACCUGAAGGAGAAGGAGCGGCAGCUCAGACAGUUGCUGACAGACAUCAUGGGCCAGCAGGGCCAGGACCGGGGCCUUCACUCCCUCCAGGCCACAUUGGGCUGUGAGCUCCAGGGAGACAGCACUAGAGGCUUCUGGCGCUUGGGCUACAAAGGGCAGGACUUCCUCACCUUUGACUCACAGACCCUCCCCUGGACGGUGGCCACGCCCUCAGCCCAGCACAUCAAGAAGCUCUGGGAGACCCAAGGCCCCAGGGCUGAUCUGGUUAAGACUUUUCUUCGUGUGACUUGUCCUGCCCAACUCUGGAGAUACCUGGCCUCCUGGAGGGGCCUCCUGGAGAAUACAGAUCCCCCGUCAGUGACUGUGACCCGCAGUAAGAACCUGCUGGGCAAGGUCAUCCUGAGGUGCUGGGCUUUUAGCUUCUAUCCUCGGGGUGCCACCCUGACUUGGUUUCAGGAUGGGGAGCCCAUGCACCAGGGCACCUUUGGACCUGGGGUCAGCCUGCCCAGUGGGGACGGGACCUACCAGACCUGGGUGGACACUCGGGUCCUCCCUGGAGAGGAGCAGAGGUUCACCUGCCACGUGGGACACUGCGGGCUGAACACCACGGUCCCUGCAGUCUCUGGGCCUCAAGGUCAGAGCGCUUCCUGUGCGGCUGUUCCUGCUGCGGCUCCUCUCGCUGUGUCCUCUGUCCCUGCUGUGCUGUGUUUGGUGAUGGUCGAAGCCUAGACAAGGAAGCACAAGGAGGAUGUGAGAGCCCAGGAGAGAAGCACACAGGACAGUGAGGAGUACGGAUCUGAUUCUCCUCUGGGUGGUGAAUGGAGACAGCUCUCUUCUGUUAAAAACAAGGCAACAGGCCCCAAACAGAGUCCCUUAUGUUAAGUCCCACGUCAUCAC